GUCUGCCUGGCGCCGGAAGAGAAGACGGCCCCCCUCUCUCGGCCCGGCCAUCUUGUGGGAAGAGCUGAAGCAGGCGCUCUUGGCUCGGCGCGGCCCGCUGCAAUCCGUGGAGGAACGCGCCGCCGAGCCACCAUCAUGCCUGGGCACUUACAAGAAGGCUUCGGCUGCGUGGUCACCAACCGAUUCGACCAGUUAUUUGACGACGAAUCGGACCCCUUCGAGGUGUUGAAGGCAGCAGAGAACAAGAAAAAAGAAGCCGGCGGGGGCGGCGUUGGGGGCCCUGGGGCCAAGAGCGCAGCUCAGGCCGCAGCCCAGACAAACUCCAACGCGGCGGGCAAACAGCUGCGUAAAGAGUCCCAGAAAGACCGCAAGAACCCGCUGCCCCCCAACGUCGGCGUGGUUGACAAGAAGGAGGAGACGCAGCCGCCCGUGGCGCUUAAGAAAGAAGGAAUAAGACGCGUUGGAAGAAGACCUGAUCAGCAACUUCAGGGUGAAGGGAAGAUAAUUGAUAGGAGACCAGAAAGGCGACCACCUCGUGAACGACGAUUUGAAAAACCACUUGAAGAAAAGGGUGAAGGAGGAGAAUUUUCAGUUGAUAGACCGAUUAUUGACCGGCCUAUCCGAGGCCGUGGUGGUCUUGGAAGAGGUCGAGGAGGUCGUGGACGAGGAAUGGGCCGGGGAGAUGGCUUUGAUUCUCGUGGCAAACGUGAAUUUGAUAGGCAUAGUGGAAGUGAUAGAUCUUCUUUUUCACAUUACAGUGGCCUGAAGCAUGAGGACAAGCGUGGAGGUAGCGGAUCUCACAACUGGGGAACUGUCAAAGAUGAAUUAACAGAGUCCCCCAAAUACAUUCAGAAACCAAUAUCUUAUAAUUGCAGUGACUUGGAGCAAUCAAAUGUGACUGAGGAAACACCUGAAGGUGAAGAACAUCCAGUUGCGGACACUGAAAAUAAGGAGAAUGAAGUUGAAGAAGUAAAGGAAGAAGGCCCAAAAGAAAUGACUUUGGAUGAAUGGAAGGCUAUUCAAAAUAAGGACCGGGCAAAAGUAGAAUUUAAUAUCCGAAAACCAAAUGAAGGUGCUGAUGGGCAGUGGAAGAAGGGAUUUGUUCUUCAUAAGUCAAAGAGUGAAGAGGCUCAUGCUGAAGACUCGGUUAUGGAUCACCAUUUCCGGAAGCCAGCAAAUGAUAUAACGUCUCAGCUGGAGAUCAAUUUUGGAGACCUUGGCCGCCCAGGACGUGGUGGCAGGGGAGGACGAGGUGGCCGUGGGCGUGGUGGACGUCCAAACCGUGGCAUCAGGACUGACAAGUCAAGUGCUUCUGCUCCUGAUGUGGAUGACCCAGAGGCAUUCCCAGCUCUGGCUUAACUGGAUGCCAUAAGACAACCCUGGUUCCUUGUGGACCCUCCUCUUUGAGGCUUGCAUGCUUAAGGAUCCCAAACGACUAAGAAAUUUAAAAAAAAAAAAAAAAAAAAAAAAGACUGUCAUUCAUACCAUUCACACCUAAAGACUGAAUUUUAUCUGUUUUGAAAAUGAACUUCUCCUGCUACACAGAAGUAACAAUAUGGUAGUCAGUUUUGUAUUUAGGAAAUGUAUUGGUAGCGGGGAUGUUUUCAUAAUUUUCAGAGAUUAUGCAUUCUUCAUGAAUACUUUUGUAUUGCUGCUUGCAAAUAUGCAUUUCCAAACUUGAAAUAUAGGUGUGAACAGUGUGUACCAGUUUAAAGCUUUCACUUCAUUUGUGUUUUUUAAUUAAGGAUUUAGAUGUUCCCCCUAUUACAAACUGGUUUUAAAUAUUGGACAUAAUAGCAGUUUUAAUACCUGCUUUGCAUUUUCACACAUGGUCAACUGAGACAUGUAAACUUUGAUUGUCAAAUUUUAUGCUGUGUGGAAUACUAACUACUUUAUGUAUUUUAACUUAGUUUUAAUAUUUUCAUUUCUGGGGAUAAGGUCUUUUUUCACUUCUCAUGAUAGCUGUUAUAUAUGCUAGAUCUUUAUAUACAAAAAUAUCCGUACUUGAACAAAUUCAAAGCACAUUGGUUUAUUAACCCUUGCUCCUGCAUGGUUCAUUAGGUUCAAUUUAUAAUUGAUUCACAAUUUUAAUUACAUUUACUUUUAAAAUAUGUCACUUUCCUGUUUUAAAAACCGAUCUAGACACCUUACUGGUGAAAGUUGUUUAAGCUACUUAUUGUUGAUAGACACAUACUGUCAAGUGAAGUAGUUUUAUGGGUGUUGGGUUUUUCCUCCUCCAGUAGGGUGGGUGGAACAAGUUAAUUUGGCUAAUGCGUAAUAUUUAAACUGCUCUGUAAAGUAAGUGGCCGCUCAGUAUGAUUUGUAUGUGUGAAAGGUCCCAAAUCAAAAUUGUACAUCCAUAAUCAACCCUUCAACCCUUGUUCUAAAGAAACCAAAGGGCACUGGUUAGUAUGGUAAGUGGGGGGGUAUGUUAAUUUUUGGAAUUUGGAAAGCAGACAGCUUUACUUUAUAAGGUUGGAACAGCAGCACCAUCCAUGAAAUACAAACCAAAAAUUUUACUGUUUCUGAAUUUCCUAUAUUGCUAUUCAUUUUGGUCUUAAGUUGAUAGAGUCCACAGAAAGUGAUAAGUAUCUUUUACCUCUUCCUCCCUUAGAGAAUUAGGUUAAUAAUGGAUUUCUUGAUCGAGAGCAUCACCACUGACUAAAACAUACAUGGAGAGAAUAAUCAAACAGGCUUUCUAGGACCUUUUUUUUUUAAGUCUUCUGCAACAUUUAUUGAUAAACAGGAAAGGGGUUUUAUUUACAGUUUUGAAGAUCUUUUUGUCACUAUUAUUAGUAAUUUUCUAUCUAUGGUAAUGUCCAGUUUUUAAAAUACUUUAUGAUUUAAGACUUUAAAUCAUAAAAUGUCUGUUUAGCUGAUUAGUUCUCCCCUAUACUUCUAAAUGAGAAAUUGUACAGUACAAGAGUUGUUCAUUGGGAUUAGAUUUAUUAACCUAGUUACCUACUAGUUUGACAUCUUAGGAAGGAGGUAAUUGGGUUUUUUUUAAUGAUGGAUAAACUUGUGCUGGUGUUUUGGAUCUUAUGAUGCUGAGCAUGUUCUGCACUGGUGCUAAUGUUUAACAUAAUUUUAUAUUUACAAACAUACCUGCUACCCAGAGGCAAGUAUUAAUUUAGUCCAUAUGGACUUUUACCCCUCUUGAGAUUGCAACAUACACACUCCUAAACACACUCAUACAUAAGUGUGUUUAGACUUAGAAGUAUCUUAACUCAUUUCUGGACAUGAAUGUGUUAUAAACCUCCUGAUUCUAGCAACAUAUAAAAAAACACUGCUAUUAAAAACCCAUCACAAGUUCUAUUCAUUGUCAGCCAUUGCUGGCAUUCUGUCACUAGAGAAUACACAGCAAUAUCUGGUAUGUUGCAAGCUUUCAAGAUAGCUUGGAAUUUAAAAGUUGGUCCAUUAGUUGUAUCUGAUGGAUGUAAAUUUGCCUCCUAGUUCACUUUGUGUCAAGAGCUAAAACUGUGAACCUAACUUUCUCUUAUUGGUGGGUAAUAACUGAAAAUAAAGAUUUUAUUUUCAUGCUCACUUCUUAAAAGUCAUAAAAACAAUCAAAUAGGAGCCCAUUUAUCGUCAUGUGUUUUCUGACUAUGUGUGCACCCCCAAGGGUAAUGCUCAUAUUUCUUUUUUCCUCCUUAAACUUAGGUUUUGUUUAUGUGGGGUGUUUAUUAAACUAGGCUGUCAACAUUUGGGAGGGAUACCUAUUUUAAUUAUUAUAAUAAGAAAGUUCUUGUAAAAUGAAUUUCAAGGACUGACAAGACAAUUGGCAUUUCUUUUUAGCAAACCAUGUUUUUGAGCGUGAAGGUUAACCAUACUGAAUGUCGGGGGGUCGUUUGUUUUUUGGUGGCUGAUAGAAUGUUCUAAUGAACUUUUAUCUUGAUGCUUUUAAAUGGAAAUAAUGCCAGAGCUUAUAUUUUUUAUUAACAUGUUUCCAGUUUGCAUUGAUGAUUGGGAUGAGGUCUCUUUUUUUAUAAUUAAAUGUUUUGAGACCUGUGCAGAGUUAUGAAAGAUUUUAAUAUGUGUCGCUAGGCACUAUACGUCUAAGUUUACUCAGUUUUAUUUAAAAAGUGGAGGCAGGACAUAUAUCUAGUUGUAAAUACAUUUGGGGCUUGUUGGUGUGGGUGUGGAGGGAGAAUAUUAAGUGUUCAUUUUGAUUGUGUUAUUUUUCGAAUUGCUGUAGAUGGUUGUCCUGAAAUAGAAAAAUUUUGUUAUGCUGUUAGGGAGUUGCAUAGAAAGUCUGAAUACGGUAUAUUGGAUUUUUAAAAUAUAUUUUUAAGAGCACUAGCAUUAUAUGGAAAGAAUCAACAAAUAGUAAAGGGCUAAAUAAAAACUUAGAAAUGUGGAGCUACUAGAACUGGAAUGAUUUUGACUUUAAGGUAAGAUCAUAUCAGGUAUACUAAUGGACAUCUGUAUCCCAACGUUGAAGUAAUUGGUAAAGCAAAUUCUCAGGCUCUCAGAUGCCUGUAGUUCUACUUUGUAAAGAAAAUAAACAAAUGCUUAGAAAAUAGAUUCUAAUGCAGACAUUUGUAAUUCUGCUGAGAUUAACGUGUAAAUAAAUGUUUAGGGAGUCGGAACACUUACAAGCCACAUCUCCAGGUUCACUGGAGAAAGCCCGGAACGUGAUGACUAGAAUGCUUUACAGUAGUAACAAGGCAGUAAAAUCCCUAGUCAGAUUUUCAGUUCUAGUAAUUAGUGAGAUAAUCUAUAAACAUUGUAAAACUAUCAGGUUUUACCAUUGAGCUGUAUGUUAAGUGGCAGCUUUCAGAAAUUUGGGCUCAAUGAUUUUUUGCUCAGCCUGGGUUUACCUAUGACAUGUUCUCUCAGCUUCAGAAUCUUACUUGAUGUAAGUUAGACAAAUAGAGAAGUGAUCGAAAUAAGUCAAGCUGAGAGGAAUGCAUUAGAUCAGUAAUAUGGGGAAAGGUUGUAACCUAAAGGAUAAGCUUAAUUUCAGAAAGUGAUUAGGAUAUAAAUUAUUGAAAUCAUUACUAACAUUGGAAAUGAGUAAUGAGUAUCAUUUAAAUAAGUGCUAUGUCUAAGCCAGGGGUCAACAGAUUUCAGCCUGUGGCCUGUUUUUGUAUGGCUCCUGAGCUAAGAAUGGCUUCUACAUUUUAAAAGGAUUAAAAAUUAUUCUAUAAAGAUGUGUGUAGCCCACAAAGCUUAAAACAUCUGGUCCUUUACAGAAAAUGUUUGCUGACCCCUGAUCUAAGCAUCACUCUCAGGUCAACAUAUAAGUUCUUUUUUUAAAAAAAAAAAGUUUACUUCCAGGUACAGAUUAAAUCACCCUACCUCCUGGGAAGUUGUGAAAUUAGAAGUAUUAAAAAACAUUUUUUUUUUACCCCUUACCUCUAAUCAGAAUAAGGGCAAGAUACUUGAUAGCUUCUUAGUAAAGAAGAUCUUGUUAUUUAAAAAACUGUUUAGCUUGCAAAUUCUGAAAGCUGUUAGGAAAGUAUAAAUUUGCUAAAACAGUAUAUUUAGUGCCCGAUUAUAGUUUUUCACAUUUAGUGGCACUUAACCACUUAGUGCUAAGAUAAUUCUGUUGUGCUAAUUUUGACUUUUCCGUAAGAUGACAAUUAUGAGUAUUUUGUAGAGGUAAGAAAACUAAUGUCUCUAACUCCAUAGGUUGACUGGGGUGGGAAUUAAUGGCUUCUGAGGACUGCAUUUCUCAGCUUAACCAGGAGGUUAUCUGGGCAGAAUCUAGCUUUUGUGCCAUUACUUCCGUCUUAAAUAACGGAGUCAGUUGUUCGCUUCUGUCGUACAAAAUAACUGGAAGUCAGUUCACUUUGAAAUGGAAGGAAAGAAAAGGUGAGAAACGGCCUGUUCAAGUUAGAAAAUAAUUUACCAAAUUACAUUUUUGUUGGAGAUGUUAAUUACAUAGGUAGUGUUAAAUCAGUAACAUUUGUCCCUUUUGUUGCCCAUUGAGGAGGGUAUGACAGUUCUAUUGCACUUGAAUGUGUAUUCUGCCACUUGAAGGUGUACUCUAAGUCUUGUGCUUGGAAAACAUAAAAGAGAUACUUGCUGAUAACUAAUCUGACAAUUCUGGUUCAUAAUGGAUUUUUAAAAACUUUACAGACAGUACCUAAAGUGAUGAGAAUUGCUCUGAACUGAUCUUGCUGUGGCUUUACUCCUUAAAUAGCUGCUUUAGUGUUACUGGUAUGGAAAUGUGAAAAGCAAAGGGCUAGUGAAUAUUUAGGAUUUUGUUAUUUGGAGAACUGAGAAGUUAUUUGGGAAGUAGUUUGUUUGGACAGUAUUGUUUACACUAUAUACAAUACAUAGUAUAUAAUAUACACUGUAUAUAGUUUACACUGUCACCUUAAUUGCAAUUGUAGUUGAUUUCUCUUACAGAUUUUAGGACCUAGAAAGAGCUUCAAUUUGAAGAAAUGGCACAGGUUUUCAUCUACCUAGAAUGGAGAUUUUGUGUAAAGUGAUGCAGUUGAACUUGGUUCUUGACAUUGCCCAGAAUUUUGUCAGAUUGGAUCUCAAGUUUUUUAUUAGCUGAUGAAUAAUGUCAGAAAUUAUGGGAACUUUUACAUGUUGAAUUCGUUGUUUCACACCUUGGGUGUAAUAAUCUAUAGUGAAAUGUUACUUUGUUUGGCAGCCAUACUGACAAAAGUUAGAUGAGCACAUGUUUAGGCAUUUUGUCAAAGUGCUCAGGGGUUGACUAAACACAUCAACGAAGAUGGUAGAAUCCUCCCCACCCCCCCCCAACACUAUUUCAUAGCUGAAAAUGUGUAGGCUUACAUGACUGGCAAAAUGAACUAAACACAGAAAACCUUUCUGUUUAGAGAUACAGUGGUUUGUCUUUUCUGUGGAAAUUCUGAAUUUCCAGUGAAGCUUCCACAUUUUUUUUUCCCAGUAAAAGAGGAAGACCUUUUCCUAAAAACUACAGAUAAUUUGGUUUCAGCUUGCUCUUGUGUACUUGUUUAUCAAGGCUUCACUUAGGUGCUACAGUUGUAGUAGCUUCUUAAAUAUGCCAUGGAAGACUGGAUUGGAUAAAACUACUUUUCAUGCAGGUGUUCAUUGGUCACUAAUCAUACGAGGAAAAUCAGCAUACGUAUAUUGUGUGUGCUUCAGACCACUGUGUUUUGUUCAUAACAGUAUCCCUUGAAGAUGAGUGGCACUUUGUCACUGUAUUGACAAAAUCCAGUAGAUGAAAGUGUUCAACAUUGAACAGUUGGAUUGGCCCACCCCCACUCAGCCCCACAUUUUGAGUCAAAUGGUAGAGCUAGCUGGAAGUCACGUUGACAGAAAUAGAGAAGUGCUUUGGAGGCUGUAUGAUACCAGGUGAAAAUAUUUGCUUGAAGAACUUAAAUAACCAGCACCUCAAUUACAGCAAAGCGUGGAUGUUCCCCCCACCUUUUUUUUCAGGAUCAUCAGUUUCUUGCUACUUAAGAGUUAUUAAACUUUAAAAAUAACUGCAGAUUUUUAGAGGAAAAAGUUUGAAGAGUAUCUGUAGCUGGAGAAAUUACUGAAUUAUCCUUUCUAGUUAUUUUAUCUAUUUUAAGUAUGUCAAAAGUGGGUGUUUUUUUUUUCUUUUACAUCUAUACAACUGCUCUGAAAGCUAUCCUGCCAUAGACCAGAGGGAGUCUAAAGGGAGUGUUCAUAGGUAUGCAAAGGAAUCCAGUCAUAUGCAGUUGUUAAAGUGAAAGGAGAGAAAACUUAGAAAACUAGUAUUUUCUACAGUAUUGUGAAAAGGCAAAUGGUCUUUUAACUCCCUUUGUGAUGGGGUAAAGUAAGAUUUCUGCUUCUAAAUGAACUCUUGUGGCAUCCUAUUUUCACCUUGAGAGAUUUUUUUGUCUAGGGAUGAGGGUCUCCAGGCUCUUCGCUUUGAAUAGCACAGGAAAAACCCUCUAGUUAACACAGGCUACAUUUUCAGCUAAUGUGCAGGAGGAUAUAUAGUUGACAUUUUAGUAAGUGAGUUAGAUUUUGUUUCCUAAAGGAACAAGUGUGUUUCGUUACUAAUAAUUUCUAUCCAAUUUCAGAAGAAUGUUUUUGCAGUUUUCUGAACUUGCAAAAAUGUUUCAGCUUGUGGGUGUUCUACCUUUCUGGUGAAAAUUCAGGGCCUUUGAAAACAAUUUAGUCUCUGUGAGAAUCUCAUAACAGCUUUUAUAAGUAUUUCAUUGGGUCCAAUUACCUAUGGGUAGCAAAAUAUGUGAAAUUGGAAAAGGGAAGGUAUUGUGGGCCUCACCUGACAUUCUCUUGCCUAGGCAAGGCCCAGGUCUCUUGUGGAAGAAUUCCGUACAUUUGUGGAAAUUGAAAAGUGGCCAGAAUUGAUGUAAAGGAACCCCAAGGUAGCACAUAAUAGGUUUGUAUGUUUCUUGGAGAUUCGGAGCCAAAUUAAGAACGGUUUUGCCACUUGUAAAUAAAAGAAAGGACGAUUAACAAAAUGUGGAGCCAGUUACCGUAGAAUGAAGGAAAGGCAUUUAUGUUUCAACAGUUCAUACAAGCAACACAGUUGAGUCAAAUGCAGCCCUACUUUUUACUUAAGAAAUAACCAUGUUUGGAAAAAAUCAGGUAAGUUGGAUGGGGUUAUAGUUAUUUUAAUUAAAGAGAGAACACACUGCUCUGGUUACUUUUCUCUUUCUUUGAAAGGCAUAAUGUUUUCAUAGUUUUAAAUACCUACCAAUUUCCUUAAAAUAAUGGACUUUCUCAGGAGUGUUAUUUCCCUUCUGUGGCCUUACACAGUGUGCCUUGUAUUGGAGGAUUUAGAUUAGCUGGGUAGAUAAGUUAGCAAAUUCAGGAGUGCCAGCGUUGUCCUGGUGUCAUGCUUUUUGGGUAGAUUUCUCAAGAACCAAGAAGGCUCUAGAACUUUAGAAGUACAGAGAUGCCAGUUUUUGGUUACCUAGUAACAAUAGCUUCAAAGAUUUUUAUGGACUCACAGUUACAGUCAACUACAGUCAGAACCCUAAUCGAUAUAAAUUUGUUGUGUAGUCACUUGCACAGAAAAGAAUUAAAGUAGUUGAAAAUUAUGCUCUAAAACCAGACCGGUAUCAGGUACUAAUUGUGUGACUUUGGUUAAGUUACUUGUAUCACAGUUUCCUCAUCUCUAUAGUGGAGAUAACACCUACCUUAAACCAGUCAUGGUGAGAACCGUCUUACACCCCUUAAAAACUGCAUGUAUUAAGUACUGUGUUAGAGGUCAUUGAUCAUUAACAAUUACUGUUAGAAUGGGAAUAAGGCAAAAUUUGGCUUUUUAUAUAAACUUUGUAUUUCAAAGAUCCAUUGCUUCAGUUAUUACUCUAACAUCCCCCCCCUCCCCCCGCCUCACCUAGUGUGGAAGCUACUUUGUCUUUUCUACCCUCUGACUGGAGUAUUAAGGGUCGAAGUGCCAGACAGGAGGUGGAGGAUGAAAGAGACAUGGGCCAUAAAGAAAGUGGUGAGUGUCUGUCAUUAGGACCCACUGUCUCAGGUCUUUGGAAAGAAAUUGGUAAUAUUUUAUAUUUCAUUGACUCUCCACUUCUAACAGUAAUGAGCCUUUGUGAUGAAGGGAAUGCAAAAGUGUAAUUUAAAAACCUGUGGCUGGAUGUAGUCACUGUUAGCAUUUUGGUGUAUAUUUAGAUUUUUUUUUGCAUUGCUUUAUAAAAGUGAGAUGAUUCUAUUCAGCCGUUUUAACCACUUCCAUGUCAAACAUGUUUUUUUUAAAAGGCUGCAUAGUAUGCUUUGCAUCAAUUCUAAGACGCAUCCCAAUUUCAGUCAUGUUAAAAUUAUGUGGAGGGGGCGGGGAAGUGUGCACCAUAGCAAUCAAUGGCAUAUUACAGUUUAAUUUGCAUUUUUCCCUAUUCAUAGCAAAGUAAUGAGGUGUCCCCUAAAAUUGGUGGCGUCUUAGACUCCAUGAAAUUCAGUGAGUGAUUGUAUGCGUGAUUUAACCAUGUCCCUACUGAAGGGCAUUUAGGUUCCUCUCCCCAUUAUAAUCAAUGCUGUGAUAAAUCUUUUAUAGACUUUAUGAUAUUUGUACUGUUCUUUAGUCUACAUUGCUAGUCAAAUUUUAUUGAAUAUUGCCCAGGUGCCUCCAGAAAAGAGCCAACUAACAUUCCUGUAGCCAACCGCAGUUCUCUGAUUAAUAGUCGCUAAUUUUUUCAUUACUGUUGCUAAUUUGGUAAGGGAAAAAUGGUACUUAAUUUUUAUUUCUUUGAUUACAGCUGGGGGCUUUUUAUGCUUGUCGGACAUUUACAUGUAUUUUAUGAGUUGCUCACUCCAUUUUUCUUUGAAGUGUUGGCUUUUAUCAUAUUGAUCUGUAAGAGUGCCUUAUUAAGUAUCUUGGCAUGUCUUGCAAAUACUUUUAUCUAACUUGGUGUGUGUGUUUUGCAAAGUUUUAAUUGGAAAUUUAUUCCUGUGUAGGCUGUGAUGUAAAAAUAUGACUUGUUUCUUUCUAUCAUCAGUUGGCCAGUUGAUUAAAUUGCUUAUCUUUUUUUUUUUCUUUUAGGUUGAAGAAGAGGCCUUUCUGAUCUUUUAUUCUAGAGAUUGAUUAAUUUGAGGGUUCACCUAUUAGCCUUUCAUAAGGGUGGAUAAUGUGAGUGUCUUUGUGUCCUGCAGGCUAGGAAGAGAACAACAGGGCUUCUUUGGAGGGCCUGAGCUGGGACAGAUGACGACUACGUCAGGUGAAAGAAAAAGAGCUUGAUCGAGAAAACCAAGAAUCAAACACGGGGGGAUUGACUAGAAUAGAAUGUGCCUAGUUUGGCAUUUCUUUGACUGGCCUCUGGGAAUUGGAGAGUUGCAGCUGUAGGCUAUUAAUGGAAGCUGAGAAAUUGGGACAGGGUGGAGGGGAAAAGGCACUAAAGGGAAAGAACUAGAUAACACCAGUUUGGCUUUCCUAUUGCCUAUAAGGAAAACAGAGGCCCAGGAAAUAGAAUUUCUGGCUUCUGGAAAAGAGGGCCCUUUUAAUUCAGGGUAAUGAUCUGUACACAGGAAUUGGUAGAGAUUCCCAUGAAUUCAUUGAGAAUGAACUUGGACUAUUUGUAGUAUUUAGGUCCCAGAGAAUUAAGGAAUUUGAUGUGUUUUAGUAGAGCAGAGAUUUCUGGGUUGGCUUUUGGAUAUAAGGAGAGAGGAUUUAAAGAGUUGCAAUUUUCCUGAGGAAUGAAAGCCUGGCUAUAUGAAUAUUAGUGAGCUCUACCUAGUCCUGGUAAACUAGACAAUCUGAUUUGGGAUUUUGACUGUGUGUGGGCAGAAAGGGAGAUAACAAAAACUUUGGGGCAAGGGCAGAAUGAGGUUACCCAUCCUGUCAUUCACGGAAAGAGGACAUUUUAUCUGGCAGGGUGAGCAGCCAAAGGCAUGUUCAAAUAUGUUUUUAAUAUAAGAAACUGCUACAUGUAUUACAAUAGUGCUGUCAAUAAACGGUAGGGUAGAAUGGGGGUUGGGAAUGAAGAGAUUACAAGCAAAUGCAAUUGUCUCAAUAAAGAGGAAGCAGGCACAGCUGGACUGGCUUCUGGAAUAGAAGGAACAAGGUGGAAGUGGUGGCAGAAGACAUCUUUUACUUUUUAUUGAUAGCCUACUACGGACCAGGCAUGGUGCUGGAGAUUGCCAUGGUUCCUGCUUUCCAGCUAUUUGCAGUCCACUAGAGGAACCAAGAAAGUUGCAGGAACCCAGAUUGGAGUCUCUAGGUCCACACAGCAGAGGAUGUGAUCUUAAGGCUCUGGAGAAGGCAAGAUGAGGUAUCUUGAGAUGAGAUUCACCCUGAGUUGGCUUGCCUGCCCUCUAGCUGCAACCAGACAUAACAACCACUGGAGCAGGUGGCUGGGGAGAUGGGGCACGCUGUGCCACUUGGAGGCACAUCGACUUUCCAAACUUCAAGCUUUGCCACUCAGAGCAUGAGGGAGCCACACCCCAUCUUUAACUGAUCCAGAGUCAACUUUUUACCACAGGAGGAGGUGAGUGGGUGAAGGGAACUCGAGGGGAAAAUGGAAAGAGAGAUGUGCUGAGGCAGUUCUUCCCAAGGGUCAGUUAUGGGAGGCUCACGUGAAGGGAGAUAAUCUAUGUUGGAGGGUAAGUAGCCCUCAUGGGCAGGAAGGUAGUCCACUGGGAGGACUGUCGAGGGGCUGGCUGGGUUUCCCGGUGUUGAGUCGGGGCCCUUGCUCCCCAGCACCUUGUACAGAUCCACCCCUUGUCCUGUCUCUGCUGUGAGAGCUCUUGGAGGUGGGGGGCUCGAGGCACUGUAUCCUGUGUCUUCCUCAGAGGAAUAGUGACCUUGGACUCCUUGUCCCUUUUCUGGCCAGUUGGGGUGAUGGGAACGUCUGAAGGCUGGGGUCACUUGGUGAAGGACUUUGUUGAUGACCAGGAUCUCAGGUUCCUCGGGAGUGGGCCAGUCUGUCAGGAGCCUAUCCAAGGCCAGCUGCAUCUCCUCCUGAAAAAGGGGAGGAAGAAACUCAUGUGGCUAUGUUGAGUAAGUAGCCAUGACGACCGACUUCUCCGGGUUCCAAAAGGCCUGGCAGCCUGCACUGCCUAGUCAGCUCGAGGUGGAACACUGUGGGCCUUUACUUUGUGAGGUAAGAGAAGCAGUUAACAUUGCUGGGGAGGCAGACAGGCAGGAGCCGUGGACUCCUCUCAACCCCAGCCAGUGAGCGAUUCGCUACCCUGCUCAACCUUCAACUAGACUUGUUUCUGGUGAGUCAAACUGCACCAGCUGCUUUUCCUCUAGCAGAGAGGGUACGACGGUGUGCAAAGGAAGGGCUGAGCUUGCAUCUGUCUGGGGAUGAGGCACAGAAGAAUUUAAAAGGGUCACACUAGGGCUGAAUCCUGAGAGAUGUAUAGUAUUUUCCAGGUAAGGAGGUGGUGGGCAAGGAGAAUUGGUCUAUUCUGGAACCUGCUAGUUCUUUCUUAGGACAGACACACUGAGGCUUCAGAAAUAGAAGGAGGUCACAUGUUGAAGGGACUUUUAUGGGAUGCUAAAGAGUUUGGGCUUUGAUACAACUACUGAAGGUUUUUUGUCAGGGUAAUAUCCUUGUCAGUUAUGCUCAUAAGAAAGAACCCUCUGGAAUAACUUUUUUGGAAAUGAUGUUCAUCCUUUCUUCCCUACAGCUAAUUUCAGUUGGUACUUUUCUUGCUUUGUCUUUCUCGACAUCUAAUUGGUUACCAGCUCUUCAGUGUCAUAUCUUUCCUUUCCAAACUUAUUACUGAUUCCUGAGUCAAGUUCAAGCACUUUAUUAACAUUUCUUUUUACAGGCUUUAUUGGGCUCUCUUUACGUCCUUGAAACUAUGUUUUAUGCUGACUGCUUGAUCUUUCUGAAGCAGAUCUCCAAAGCCUGCUUUCAUGAAGCCCCUAGUGACUGUUCCCUCCACUGGAUUCCUACAACAGCAAAGAAGCCACCUGUUAGGUUCUUAGCACAAGAAGCUUUAUGCUGUCACUUUUUUUUUUUUUUUUUUAACAUGUCUGUAAGCUAUCUGCAAGUAGGGACCAUGCCUUAAGGGAGGAGGAGAAUAACAAAAAAUAGCAUUAGGACAGGGCAAACCCUGAGGACUAGUCCCAACUCGGAGACUCCACGGCUUGGGAAAACUCAGUCUACCUGUCUGGACUUUGGAUCCCUCAUCUGUCGGAUGCCAAGUUGUGCAAGAAUGGUUUGGUUUGGACUGGCCUCUGAUGUCCCCACCCUUGCCUUGAGCAUGGCAGUUGCCCCCAAAGUGAAUGACGAUGCUGUCUUAGGGUAGACUUCUGCAAAGGGCGCUGAGCAGCCAGAGGGUACGUGUGUACUUUUCUUUCGGGAGCCUGCUUUUUCCCUAUCGCUAUGCAAACUGGCCCUGGCACAUUGGUCUGGCUUGGAACGUGACUGGCAGCGGCCAAAGUGCUGAGACCACUGCUAUGGAAGAGAUCUCACUGGAUGAGGAUCACGUUGUUUUCACAGUGCGAGGCUCUGCCUUCUUGAAAGCUCUGGCAGUAUCAAUAGAGGCUGUUCCUCAGAGCUUUUACAAAGCAGCCCCCCUGGCUGACAAGUCCUGGGGCAAGGCGUCUUGGACCACUAAUAACUCAGGUACAUCAUGGAAACUAUUUUAAGCUUUUACAAGCUCAAAAUAGAUAACAUCCCAGUGAUCCCCUUUAUGACUGGGCCUUUCCCUCUAGAGCUUUAAGACCCAUGGCUUUUUAGCCACAUUUUAAGAAAUGGUAGGGGGAUGUAAAGUCUGAGAACUUAAAGCACAUUUUGUUGGAGGUGAAAGACUAUUGUGUUUCUGAUGUCUGCCCCAGCCUGUCACCAGGAGAGCAGUUUGGGUCUUUAAAAACAGUCUACCCCUUCAAGGGUCAAGUGACAUGGGGUUCUGAGGCUGCCACAAGGCCAUCAUAGAUGGCAUGUUUAAUUUUUUUUUUAAAUUUUCUAAUUUACUGGUUAUUUUUGCAAAAGAAAUAUAUGCACAUAGUUUUGUAAAAAAAAUUUUUUAAGUUCAAAGGGAAUUUGUAAUAAAAAUGAAGUGGGCUUCAUGCCUACAGCUGCCUCCCCAAAGGCAGCCACCAUUAUCAGUUUCAUAUUUAGGCUUCCAGAAAUAUCCUGUGUACAUGUUGGAGACUGUGUGUGUGUGUAUAAAAUCAUCUUUUUAUACAAAUGAGAACCCACUUUAGACAAUUAGUACAAACUUUGCUUUUUUUCACUUUUAAAUAUAUUAGAGAUGUUAGACACAUAUAGAUCUCAUUUUUUUUGAGUAGUUGCAUAACAUCCUGUUGUACAGAUAUACCCAAAUGUUUAACCUAGCCCCCUGGUGGCAGGUUACGUUACGGCUUCUAUUUAUAAUGCUGCAAUGAACAUACUCAUACUGUACAACUUUGGGCAUGUGUAUGGCAAUUUGUUAUUUUUUCCAUGUGUUACUUUCUCUAACUCUUUGUCUUUCUCAGCAUCUCUUCUAGGCUUUUAUGGGCUCUUCAGUGGCUCUGCAUGCCUCUGUAUCCCCUCGUGUCCAGGCAGUGGCAAAUAGAGGCCAUGAUGCCACAGCUACCAGCUUGGGAGCCAGGUGUCAGCGACUGACCCAGAGCUGCUUCUCACUGUGCUAUUUCAGGCUUUUAGGACAUGGGACUGUGGAAUCUCCGCAUUGGAAGAGAGAGAUCUUAGAGCUCAGUUGAUUCAGUUCCUGGUACCUGAAUCCCCUCUAAUACUAGCAGUGGCAUCCUUAUUGAGUGCCUUCCCAUAGGUCAUCACAAUAUUGCCACCAAGUGAGGGCCCAGUGUGUGAACACCUCUUGAGUUAGUCUGUUCAGCUCAGAGGUUUUGACUGCUGGAAACACACCCCUCAGCCUGUGCUUAAGAUCUUUUAGAACGUAUAGUAUAAUGGAGGACAGCACAUCCUGCUUGUAUGUGAAUCCAGGGUCCACCUACUAGCUGACUAACACUGGGCAAGUUACUGAGUCCUCUGUCCCUCACUUUCCUCAUCUGAAAAAUGGGGAUAAUAAUAUUACAAUCUCAUAAAGCUGUUGUACAGAUUAGGUGUUAAUGCAUGAAAAUUUUUUUUUAAGUGCCUGGCAUAGAGAAAGUAAUGUAUGUUAUGUGUAUAUAUAAAUGUAAAUAUAUUAUUAUGUAAUA